AUGUUAAAUUUAUAACCUAAACAAACUUAGAUUUAUCAAAACAAAAGCCUAUAAUCAAAGUAAUCAUUGAUUCAAUAUUAUGUGUAUUAAGAUUUAUAGAAUUUCAUUAACCUAAUAUUUUCUAUUAAAGCUGUAAAAGAACACUUUAAGGAUAACUUAGAUCAUCCUAUGGUUGAAAUUUGUAAUAACAAAAUAAUUUUAUAAUUAAACUUAUCAAAUGGAAUUCAUAUUGAUUAACAUUAGUAAUACAAAAAGGAUAAGGAUGAUGAAAAAUAUUACAAUAAAGAAAAAAUAAAUGCUUAAAAGAUAUUAGAGGAAGUGAUAAAAUAAUUUUAAUAAUCAAUCAAUGAAAAAUAAAAAAAAUUAUUAUCAGAACAAUUCCAUUAAAUUGAACUUUAUAAAAAAUAUUGUUUAGGAGAAAUAUUUGAAUUAAAAUAAUUUUAAUUAAAGAAUACAAAUUUACCAACAUAAUUUAAUCAUAAAGUAGUAUCUUAAAUUUUAAAUUCAGUUAAAUAGGUUGAUGGAGAAGUAAAUGGAAUUGUAGAAAAUAAAUAAUAUAAUUAACCUAAUUAAAUUGAAAUUUAAUAAAAAGCAGAGUAUAAAUUUAUUAUACUUUUAGAUAAUAAUAUCAAUUGACUAGAAAUUAAUUGAAUUCUUAUUUUCCAUUGCAGAACAAAAAAAAAUUGUAAAAUAAUGUCGAAUAGAUGAAUGAUACAAAAGAUGGCAGCAAACACGAUGAUAAUCAUUCUAACCAAAAAUAAUUAAAAGGAUAAGAAUAAUUAAAUAGUUAGACAAAAGUUACUAAGUAUCCUUAGCAUGAAUUUUUUGAUUUUUCUAAUGUAGUAAUUAACUAGACUUAAGAGGUAUGUCAAUUGUUAAAAGAGUUUUUUGGCUUUUUUUUUAAAAAAUAAAAUCCUCAAUUUAAAAAAAAGGAAAAAGAAAAGGAUCUAAUUUUGAAUACAAUAGAAAAUAACUUCAUAGAGUUAAUGAAAUAGAUAAAGAAGAUUUAAAAUAAAAAUAAUGCAAAUGAAAAGCCAUCUACAGAAUUUGCAUAUUCUGUAUAUUAAACAGGAAUCUUAAAAGACUUAUUCACCAUGCAUUAGAUAUUUUAGGUAUUUAUUCAGUUCUUAAAUAAUCCAUUUCCUAAAAAUUAAGGCUAUUAAAAUAUUGACAAAUUUAAAUAUUUUCUAAAUUCUAAGUAUAAUUUAGAUUACAAUUAAGAUAAUUUCUUAAAUUAUUUGCAAUAUCAAAAAGAAUUAAUAGAAAAGUAGAGUAAAGAUAUGUUAUAAUUUUUUGUUGGAUUUAAAUAAUUUUACAAAAUUAAAUGA